AUGAAGCUCGCAGUGUUCAGCACCAAGCCGUACGACAAGCGCUACAUUGAAGCAGCUCGUACCGCUUCAUCCACCAACAUCGACAUCGUGUAUCACGAGUUCCCCCUCGAAGAAGACACCGUGAUCCUCGCCCGAGGCGCCGACGCAAUCUGCGUCUUCGUCAAUGACUCCCUCACGGCGCCCGUAGUCGAGGCUCUAGGCCGCGAAGGCGUCAAGGCGAUCCUGCUGCGCUGCGCGGGCUUCAACCACGUGGACCUGGUGGCGGCGGAAAAGGCGGGCAUCAUGGUGGCCAACGUGCCGUCGUACUCGCCCGAGGCCGUGGCCGAGUUCGCCGUCGCGCUGAUCCAGACGCUGAACCGGAACACGCACAGGGCGUACAACCGCGCUCGAGAGGGCAACUUUGCGCUCAAUGGGCUGAUGGGGCGGACGCUGUUUGGGAAGACGGUGGGCAUCAUCGGGACGGGCAAGAUUGGGAUUGCGACGGCCAAGAUCAUGAAGGGCUUUGGGUGCAGGGUUGUGGCGUUUGAUCCGUAUCCUUCCAAGGCGUUUGAGGGGAUUGGGGAGUAUAAGGGCCUGGACGAGGUCCUUGCGGAGAGUGAUGUGAUUAGUCUUCAUUGUCCGCUGAUGGACAGCACGCGAAAGAUUAUCAACGACGAGGCACUUGCCAAGAUGAAGCCUGGAGCGCUGCUCAUCAACACUUCCCGGGGCGGACUCGUCGACACAAAGGCUGUGAUUCGGGCUCUCAAGACGCAGCAUCUGGGUGGUGUGGCUUUGGACGUAUACGAAGGCGAGGGUUCGUUGUUUUAUGAUGAUCACUCCGGGGAGAUUAUCCACGACGACGUGCUGAUGAGGCUGAUGACGUUUCACAAUGUGAUUGUGACCGGGCAUCAGGCGUUCUUCACCGAGGAGGCGCUCAAGGAGAUUGCGGAGUGCACGUUGAGGAACAUUGGGGAGUUUGUGAGCACGGGGACGUGUAUGAAUUCGUUGACCAAGGAUUUGAGGCUGGCUAGGAGCGAGUCUUUGCCUGUUAGGGCCGUGUGA